ACCCCCUCGCCCCCCUGCCCUUUUAGUUUCUCUCUCUUCAUAGUCUCUAUUUCUACACUGAUGAUAGAUAAAAGGAGUGAUAAAUGCAAAUAGACACGACUAUUCACUGUUUCAACCAAACGGAUCAUUAAAUCGUUUGGAACCCUAAUUUCUGCAAUUCUCCCUAUCUUGGCUGUGCUUUUUGAAAAUUAAUAACGAUGAAGCUUCGUUCUCACACCUCGGCCGCUUCUUCUUCCAAAGGGAAAGCGAAGCUCAAGUACAGAGAGAGUUCUGAAUCUGAUGAAGAUCUUUGUGAGGCAACAAUGUCGUCGGAUUCCGAUUUCAAUGCCCUUAGUGAUGCAGAUGAAGAUCUGUUGAAUGUGACUGAAAACAAUAGAGAGCAAGAGGCUUUGGACAUAGAUUAUGCUUUGGGUGCUGCAAUUGAAUCUAGUGAUGAUGAUCUUCUGCAUAAUGUUCCAAAGAGGAGGAAAAAGGCCCCCUCGAAAAAUAUGGGGGGACAAAGUUACAAGGUUCAGGACAAACAAGAAGAAGAGGAGGAGGCAGACAUAAACGAUGACAACAUUGAGGCAAUAAUGACAGACCUAAUGGAAUGUGAACUUCGUAGAAUUACGGAGGAGAAGAAUGUGAAAAAAAAGAAGGGCAGGAAGAAGAAAGGGGAUAGACCUGUAUUGAUGUGGGAAAUAUUAGAAGAAGAAAAUGAGCGAUGGGUAGCACAGAAUUUAGAAAAGGAUAUGGACUUGAUGAAUCAGAACGAAAUGGUGGCAGAAACAGUUGAGCCUUCUGACGACUUGAUAAUACCGUUGCUUAGAUAUCAGAAAGAGUGGUUAGCUUGGGCUUUGAAGCAAGAAGAAUCUGCUGUCAAGGGAGGCAUCCUUGCUGAUGAGAUGGGGAUGGGCAAGACUCUCCAGGCAAUAGCACUCGUUCUUUUUAAAAGAAAUAUCUCGAGAGGAAUAUCCGAUCAUCACUUACCUGCAUCUUCAGCAAGUUCCUCACAGCAGUUACGUGCAAUAAAAGGCACACUUGUUAUAUGCCCAUUGGUAGCCGUGAUGCAGUGGGUUAGUGAGAUUGAUCGGUUCACUUCAAAAGGAAGCACCAAGGUGCUUGUCUAUCACGGUACCAACCGGGCGAAAAAUCAUUAUAAGUUCUCUGAGUAUGAUUUUGUUAUAACAACGUAUUCAAUUGUGGAGGCUGAGUACAGAAAAUAUGUAAUGCCCCCUAAAGAUAAAUGCCAGUACUGUGGGAGAAUGUUCUAUGGAAGUAAGUUGAAGAUUCACUUGAAGUAUAUGUGUGGGCCUGGUGCAGUUAGGACUGCUAAACAGUCAAAGCAGCAGAGAAAAGAACCAAAGACAAAGAAAACAUCUGACUUUGAGGUUAGUACUAGCAAUACAGGUCUGAACGACGGAAAGGAUCAUGACAGUGCUGACAAGGAAACGGAGAAUGAGUUUUCAACUGAGAAGGGACUCUCGUCUGGAGCAAAAUCUAUUUUGCACUCUCUGAUGUGGGAACGUGUCAUAUUGGAUGAGGCACAUUAUAUAAAAGAGAGACGAAGCAACACAACCAGAGCUAUUUUUGCUUUACAAUCUUCAUAUAAAUGGGCUUUAAGUGGAACUCCCCUUCAGAAUCGUGUGGGAGAGCUCUAUUCACUUGUCCGUUUUCUCCAGAUAGUUCCUUACUCUUAUUAUUUCUGCAAGGACUGUGAUUGCCGCACUCUUGAUUACAGUACCUCAGCAGAAUGUUCAGGCUGUGCUCAUAAAAAUGUUCGGCAUUUCUGCUGGUGGAAUAAAUAUAUUUCCUCACCAAUACAAGAUUCUGGAAACAAUGGGGGUGGUAGAGGAGCUAUGCUUUUGUUAAAGCAUAAAAUUUUGCGGAGCGCAGUGUUGAGACGUACCAAAAAGGGAAGAGCAGCUGAUCUUGCACUUCCUCCUAGAAUUGUUACUUUGAGACGGGAUUCUCUGGAUGUUGUUGAAGAAGAUUAUUAUACAGCAUUGUACAACGAGAGUCAGGCACAGUUUAAUACAUAUAUCGAAGCAGGAACAGUGUCGAAUAACUAUGCCCACAUAUUUGAUCUCUUGACGCGCCUUCGACAGGCAGUUGAUCAUCCUUACCUUGUGGAAUAUUCUCUUACUGCGAUGGAAAGAAAGGGUAAAACUGUUGACACCAGCAAUGAUGAAAAAUGUAGCGUAUGUAACGACCCUGAAGAAGAUACUGUGGUCACAUCGUGCGGACAUGUCUUCUGCAAGCCUUGUUUGAUUGAUCUUGGUGCUACCAUGGGACAAAACUCAUGUCCUUCUUGUUCAAAGCCACUUACUGUUGAUUUCACCUCCAAUAAAGAUGUCAAGGACCAGAUUUCAAAAACAACCAUUAAAGGAUUUCGCCCGUCAAGUAUUCUGAAUCGAAUUCAGAUCAAUGACUUUCAGACAAGUACAAAAAUAGAUGCUUUGAGGGAAGAAAUCAGAUGUAUGGUUGAGAGGGACGGUUCUGCCAAGGGAAUUGUCUUCAGCCAAUUCUCAUCGUUUUUGGAUCUCAUACAUUACGCCCUUCUAAAGUCUGGAGUGACCUGUGUUAAGUUAGACGGGUCCAUGUCUAUGGGAGCAAGAGAUGUUGCUAUUAAACGAUUUACAGAAGAUCCCGAUUGCAGAAUAUUCCUCAUGAGCUUGAAAGCAGGGGGUGUUGCCCUCAAUCUCACUGUAGCAUCACAUGUUUUCUUGAUGGAUCCGUGGUGGAAUCCGGCCGUGGAGCGGCAAGCUCAGGAUAGAAUACAUCGAAUCGGCCAAUAUAAGCCAAUCAGGAUCGUGAGAUUUAUCAUAGAAAAUACAAUCGAGGAGAGGAUUUUGAAGUUGCAAGAGAAGAAGGAACUAGUGUUUGAAGGGACUGUGGGUGGUUGUUCGGAGGCUCUAGCAAAACUAACAGAAGCUGAUUUGAGAUUCCUGUUUGUGACCUAAUAAAUAAGCUGUAUCAGCUUCUUGUACAAGUUUUUUGUCUCCCUGGAUUUUGUUGUUGUUUCCAAUUUUUGUAGUUUUGUUUUUGCAGCCCAAAUUGGUUUUGAAAUCAGUUUUUGCUUUUGGGCCACAAAUUGUAUCAAUGUAUGAAGUUUCUGUGACAAAUUAAGUGAUUCACUAUUUUGUGGAUGCAUCUGUUUUU